AUGGAAGAAUGCUAUGUACUGAAGGACAUUUUUGAGCUAUAUGAAAAAGCCUCUGGCCAACUUAUCAAUUAUCAGAAGAGUAGUGUAUCUUUUAGCAAGAAUGUGCGAAGGGACAAGCAAGAGGCUCUUGCUGCAGUUUUGGAGGUGCUUCGUGUUGAUAAGCAUGAUAAAUAUUUGGGUUUACCCACUGAGUUAAGUUAUUCCAAGAUUGAGGCAUUUAGCUUCUUUACUGAACGGGUCAGGAAGAGAACUCAAGGUUGGAGGGAAAAAACUUUGAGUGAUGCUGGUAAAGAAGUUAUGUUGAAGGCGGUGGUCCAAUCCAUUCCGACCUAUGUAAUGAGCUGUUUUGAACUCCCUAAACACCUUUGUUCUGAGAUGCACCAACUGAUGGCGAGAUUUUGGUGGGGAGACAAGGUUGAUGAGAAAAAAAUCCAUUGGCUAGCUUGGGAGAGAUUGUGCGUUCCCAAAUCGGAGGGUGGUCUUGGGUUUCGAAACAUGGUUCAUUUCAAUCAAGCAUUGCUAGCUAAGCAAGGUUGGAGGAUCCUACAAUCGCCGGAGUCUUUGAUAGCUAGGUUGUAUAAAGCCCGUUAUUUCCCGCGGUGUGGCUUUCUUGAGGCUGAAGUUACUAAGGGGGCUUCUUAUGCAUGGCAAAGCUCUGCUACGUAA